AUGCGCUCGAUCCCACCUCUGCCCGGCGGCGCACCACGAGUCCGCGCCCUCCUGGGGAGCAACACCAGCCUGCCGUGGCCCUGGCGGUCCGCCCGCAGCCCUCGGGCGGCUGCUCUGCGCCCCCUCGCCCUCGCCGCUGCCGCCGACUCUGCCGGCACCAGAAACGCCGCCUUUUUCCUGUCGAACCGCUCCUUUGACCGCUCCAGCUGCCUCGACUCCGUCGUCGCCAGACGCGCACCCGCCGCAGCCGUACGUGGCCGUGUCCGCGCACAAACCACCACCACCAACAGCGAUACCAUCACCAACACGACCACCAACACCACCUCCGCCGGCCCCUUCACAGCCAACGUUCCGCACGCAUCGCCGCAGCUCCCUCCGCACCGCAGGCGGCAGGCGCGGAAGCAAGCCGUCGGCCCGGAUCAGUCACCAGACGGCGCUCUCCCGGCCAAUGCGUCGUCCAUCCUGACCAGCGUGGCGGCGGCCCAGCCGGCCCGCUCGCUGCGCCGUACCAUGGCCGCGUUCCUCUCCCUCUCGAAACCGCGGCUGACCGUGCUCAUCGUGCUGACGGCCAUGGCGCCCUACGCCCUGUACCCCGUGCCCGAGAUGCUCACGCCCUCCAUGACGGAGACGCCGAGCCUGAGCCCCCUGACGCUGCUCUUCCUCACCACCGGCACGGCCCUGUGCUCCGCGAGCGCCAACGCCCUCAACAUGCUCUACGAGCCGGGCACCGAUGCCAAGAUGUCGAGGACGAGGAACAGGCCCCUCGUGCGCGGGCUGGUGUCGCCGCGGCUGGCGGCGCUCUUCGCCCUCGCCGCGGGGGCCGCCGGCGUCGGCGCCCUCUACUUCGGCGUCAACUCCACCGUGUCGUGGCUGGGGUUGUCCAACAUUGUCCUGUACGCGGGCGUGUACACGCCGCUCAAGGCGGUGACGGCGCUCAACACGUGGGUCGGGGCCGUGGUCGGCGGCAUCCCCCCGCUGAUGGGGUGGGCCGCCGCCGCCGGCGAGGCCGCCACCCGCGACGGCUCGUGGCGCGAGCUGCUGUUCGCCGGCGACGGCUCGUCCGCCGGCGGCUGGCUGCUCGCCGCGCUGCUGUUCGCCUGGCAGUUCCCGCACUUCAUGGCCCUCAGCUGGACCAUCCGCGACGAGUACCGCGCCGCCGGGCUGCGCAUGCUGGCCUGGACCAACCCCGCGCGCAACGGCCGCGUGGCCCUGCGGUACAGCCUGGCCUUCCUGCCGCUGUGCCUGGGCCUCUGCGCCGCCGGCGUGACCGAGUGGUCCUUUGCCGCGACCAGCCUGCCCGUGAACCUGUGGCUGGCCGCGCAGGCCGCGCGGUUCUGGCGCCUCGGCGGCCACGGCGGCAGCGCGCGCGGCCUCUUCUGGGCCAGCGUCUGGCACCUGCCGAGCGUCAUGAUCCUGGCGCUGCUGCAGAAGAAGGGCAUGUGGAGCCGGGCGUGGCGCAGCGUGUGCGGCGGCGGCGACAGCGGCGACGGUGAGGCGGGCGUGUGGGAGGACGACGAGCUGGACGAGAUGGCGGGCAUGACGGCGGCCAGGGUGGAGAGCCUCGGGGGGAGAUGA